AUGAUACUGUUUCCUAGUACAUGUGACAAUAUUAGACCCAAUAAAUAUAGUGAUACCACUAAUAAUGAUGAUGAUGAUUUAGGGCCUCGUGUCUCUAUGGCUGUUGAAGCACAAAAUGAAGAGCAAUUCUUGAGGCUUUCGUAUAAAUUAAAAAGAACAACUUCAUUGCGUAUGGGAAGAAAAAUGCAGAAUGGCAAUUCUGAAGAAAGUCAUCAAAUGAAACAAUUUUUAAAAGAAUCUAGACAGUGUAGGACGUUUGGUUUACCUAGUGAAGAAAACAUUAAUGUUAAAGACGACGUCUCUAUUGGUCAAGGAACUCCGGAUAAAUAUGUUGACUAUUUAUCAUAUCGUUGGAAUGAUUUCGAAGUAAUAAAUUCUUGGAAGUUUAUUCGGUUAGCAAGAAAAUGGUGUAAUGAAAGAAAAAAUUUACAAAUGGGUACAUCAUCAACAACAACAACAACAACAAUUGAAGAUAAAAAUUUAAAACCAAGUGAACUUUAUAAUAGAAGAUUGGAAAAUAUGUCGUGGAGAAUUUGGUUUAAAUUAAAAUUAUCAUUAACUUUGCAAUCAAAUAAUUCAAAUAAUUCGAAUCAUGAUAUGACUUGGCUUUAUGGUCCUUUAAUUCAUAGAGAUCAAAGUUGUUCAAAAAUUAAUAUUCAUACUCUUAAUAAUAAAGAAAAUAAUCAAAUUCCUUAUAUUAAACCAAUUUUAAAAAAAAGAAACUUAGGUGAAACUUUAGAAAAAAAUUCACUUUGGAGACUAAGAAAAGUUAAAAGAAAUAUUAAAAGAAGAAGUUCUUUGGAUUAUCGACAUAUUAGACAACAUACAAGAUUAAAUAUUCCAACAUCAAAUCCUUAUUUUGUUGAUGAUCCAUUAAUUGAAAGUAAUGAUAGUAGUAAUUUUUCUUCAUCUUCAAAUUCUUCAAGUUUUACUACGCUGGCUGCAGUAACAACAACUGAAAAUUCGCAUAAAAUUAAUAAUACUGAUUCAACAACAAUAAUUAAUUCACCAAUUUUAAAUGAUGAUAACGAUAAUGAUGUCAGGCACAUCAGAUUUAAUAAUAACGUACAACAAUGCAUUGCCAUUCAUAAAUCAAAUUCAAAUCUUGAUUUAAAACAAAAAAAAAUUAAAGAUAUUAUUCAACCAUUACCUUCAACCCAAUUAAAUUAUUAUUCAGGUUCAGAAUCUGAUUCUUCUUCUUCUGAUUCAAAUUCAUGUUCAGAUGAAGAAUGUGAUAAUUGUAAAUCUAAUAAUAAUAUUGAUAAACAUCAUAAUUAUAUUAAGAAUAAAAAUAAAUCAAAAGCUGUUUCUCACAACGUCAAUACUUCAAGAAGAUACCCAUAUAUUUAUGAUUAUAAUUCUGUUUACACAGGUGACGUUAGUAAAUUUUUACCAAAGGAUUAUUCUUGUGAUAUUAUUGAUUUACCACAAGGUUUAGGUCUAGAAUUAAAUGUGCCACAAACUUCUACAGGACCUUCUCCCAUCUUUGAAACUGAUCUUAUCACUACAGGUGAUGAAACUUUAAUUCUUUCACCAACUGCAACAACUCCAUCCAUUUCACCUUUGCAUAGUAUUAUUGUAGCAUCAACUGCAUUUUCUACUCCACAGACCCCAUUAAGUUCUUCUGCAUUUGGCUGUUCAUCAACUACUUCGACACUUUCUACAGAAGGUACAGAGACAAGUUCUGUACAAACGAUGACAAAGACAAGAGAUUUUAUUACGGGACAACUAAUUUGCAAUAAUAGUAAAAAUAAGAUUAAUGGUACUGAUCAAAAUAAAAAUUCUAAUCAAAUACUAAAUGCAAUAGAGACUCCUCCAACUUUAUUUAACCCUAAAUUUAAAUCAUCUCCAACACCUUUAGCAAAUUUCAUAUUCAAUUCUUCAGAUGAGAGUGAUAUUUAA